AGGCGCAGGGAUUUUCUCCAGUGCAUGCUGGACUCCCGCAACGCUGCCGCUUCCCUGGAAGCCGAGUGUUUGGAUGUGAUGAGCCCAGCUGCUGCUUCCAGCCGCCACGGGGCACCUCCUGUGGGCAAGGCCUCAUCUGAGAAGAUUCAAAAGAUGAUAACGGAGGACGAGAUCGCAGGCCAAGCUUUUCUCUUCCUGAUUGCUGGCUACGAGACCACCACUAGCACGCUGUCGUUCGCCACUUACUUGCUAGCCACCAACCCAGAGUGCCAGGAGAAGGUGCUUCGGGAGGUUGAUGACUUCUCGGCCAAGCACAUCAUCCCUGACUAUGAAAAUGUACAAGAACUCCCUUACCUGGACAUGGUGGUCGCAGAGACGUUGCGCAUGUAUCCACCUGCUUUCAGGUUCACUCGGGAAGCGGCUAAAGACUGUGUAGUUCUGGGGCAGCGAAUCCCAGCUCGGGCUGUCAUUGAAGUUGCAGUGGGACAUCUGCACUAUAACCCUGACUUCUGGCCAGAACCUGAGAAGUUCAUUCCUGAGAGGUUUACAGAGGAGGCCAAGAAGGAACGGCAUCCCUUUGCAUACCUACCUUUUGGGGCAGGACCCCGGGGCUGCAUUGGCAUGCGGAUGGGUUUGCUGGAGACAAAAAUGACUCUGCUGAGGAUUCUGCAGAAGUUUCGAUUUAAGACCUGCCCAGACACUGAGAUUCCGUUGCAGCUGAAAUCAAAAGCUACGCUUGGACCAAAAAAUGGAGUCUACAUUCAGCUGGAACCUCGUUAAAAGAAGAUGCACUUUCUGAAACUCCCCAGGAGAAGACUUCCUCUAUUAGUGACUCAAUGGGUGUAAUAUUUUCCAACACCCCAAAGAUGGGUAGGAGCCUAAGUCCCAUUGACAGUCAGUAGGUGUUGUCCCCCUGGCCUCCUGUGGGACUGAGACCUCAAGUGACUUUUGUAAAUGGGAUGUGGGCUCCCAAGUCUUUUGGUGGUUUUUGAAUUGCUGUGUAUAUCUGCAAAGGAGCAUCCUGC